GUUACACAAUCAUAUAGGGCGAAUCAUAAAAAGAGAGUUUAAACGAGAUAGUAAGUGAAUUAAAUGGAUAACGGAUCAUGAACAUUUCGUAGAUUAUCUUUUGAUGUUAGAUCAUCAUCUUUUGAUCCAUAAAUACACCUACUUACAGCUCUCUUAGAUCACUGGGAAUGCUAAUCAUCGCUUCUUUAAGUUUUAUCUACAAGUGAAUUAUUAUAAACCAUAUAACUCAUAACUCAAAGUUAUAUUAGUACAGUUAAUGGCAAAGUUGUAGAUCAGCUAAAUUUUAACCGGUGUUCCAAAAGAUUUUUGUAGAUUUGCUAUGGCUGAAGGUGUUCCUGAUCCCGAUAUUGGUGUUCGAUCUGUAUAUCUAGGAGAGCAGGUUCGGCAAGUUUCUUCACCUAAUUCAAAUGAAAUCAAUUAUGGUCAUGAACGUGCAGUAGCUGACUUUGUUACGCAAAUUGUCAAACAAAAAGGGUGCUCAAAUGCAGGAAUUAUUCUAGAGUCGUAUCAACACAACUUUUCAUUACGGCUGAUCAAUGGAAAUACAUAUGCAGAAGGUACUCAUUACGAUGUUAAAAAAACAGUAGGUAGAGGUGCCUUUGGGACAGUUCAUAUAUGUGUUGACAAGACCAGUAAUUUCCCUUUUGCUAGAAAACGCGUCGAUUUGUCAGAAGAUAAGGAUUCAAAACAUUAUAAAUCACUGGCGCGAGAAGUUACAUCACUGCUGGAUUUGAAUCACUUCCAUAUAAUCAAAUUUUUUGGGAUUAUAAAAAGCGAAGUGUUCAUUCAUGACGUUUUGUUAGAAGCAUGGGGCAUGUCUAUAGAAGCGUAUUUAAAAGAUAGCAAAGUAUUGCCUGCAUCCCAUAUCAUUUGCUCUUGGUUUUAUCAAGUGCUACGUGCCGUUACAUAUAUGCAUUCAAAACAAGUAGUUCACUGUGAUAUUCAUCUUGGAAAUAUCUUGAUAAAAAAUAAUACUAUAAAAAUGUGCGAUUUUGGAUCAGCGAAGAAUGAAAACGAUAACCUUUUUACAGAAUCACAUGGAAAUACCCCAAGGUAUUUCCCACCAACGGUUCUAAAACAUUUCUAUCAGAAAAUACAGAUUAAAGUUUCACGCAGACUUGACUCCUUUGCGGUCGGAAAAUUACUACUAGAAGUGAUACGUGGUGGAUAUAUAUUUGAAGAUAGAAUGCUUCCUAAUAUAUUUGAGAAGGCUAAAUGGGAUGAAUUUGUUCAGAGUAUUAUCCCGCCAACUACCCACAAUGAUGUCCGGGACGUUAUUACCGGACUUAUGAGUUUUACAACAGCAAGCGGCAUCAGCACGACCCUUGCAGCUGACAUGCUAGAUUCACACAUUGGCUAUUUGAAAAGGAUGUAACUUAUAUAUAAAACACACACAAAUGUUGCUGCAAAGGCAGCAUGUUUAUAAAGUGCAAGACAAUGAAUAGUUUCACCAUUUUACGUGUGGCGUGUAUUAUUUAAUGUGUCAUCACAUUACAUUAGAUUUUCCAAAUGGUAUCCAAUAUACAUGUAUUCAAUUGUUACCUUCUCUUCCAUCCCUUUUGUAUGUAUACAAUGCACAUAUUGCAUACUGAAUAUCCUAAUGAUUUUGACUUUAUAUUGUAAAUAGUUUAUCAGUUAUCUAUCUAUGUUUCAAUAGCUAAACUGUUGUUAAACAAACGUGUUUGUUAGUAUUUUCUGUAUCAAUUGUUCAGAAUGCUGGCGUAUUUCAUGUUACUUAGCUUGGACAUUUUUGGAAUUGAAUAAUAUAUACUUUAAUACUCCUCGUGAUUUUGUCAAUAUACACAUUGAAGAUAAAACCGGUGUUAAACUGCAAAUAAACACUGGUUAGGGACUAUAUGAAUAAGCGGCUGUUAUUUUUUCUCCCUCGAUGUAUGUUCACUCAAUCUUACUACGGCUUUGCAUAUAUUGUAUAUACAAAUAUAUUUUUUCAUUGUACCCAACUCUUGAAAGUAAAUAAAUGUAACAUAAUCGUCAUUCCAAUAAAAUACUUAUUUUAUUGUUUUUAACCUUGUAGUUAUUGCGUACAUGUAUAUAUGAAAUUAUCGUUAUUUUGAUAAAAUAAAAGGCGUAUUUCAAAGUACCUAACU